CUGCCCCUCUCUCUGUCCCUCCCUCUCUCCCCUCUGUCUAUCUCUUCACCUGUAAACGUGUAAACAAUGCGCAAAAACACACCACAACAGCGGAGACACGGAGGAUUGCGUUUCACCGACACCGAUCUGCCCUCACCUCUCCCCGGACACAAGAUUUCUGACUGAGUGAUUGAACCUUGACAACCUCCACUAUGGACGAAUCGGAGAGUAACCCGUCCCACGCCGCGUUUGAGCUCUUCACCCAGGCUCAGACCUUUAAAGAAGUCCAACAUCACUUCUCUGAGCUGUGCAAACAUCUGGAGAUCAACCCCAAAGACUACAAGACCUUCUACAGGACGUUGAAGGACAAACUCAACUCAUGGAAGGCCAAGGCCAUGUGGACCAAGUUUGACAAGAGAGCCUCACAUCCAGACUACCAGCAGGGAAAAGUCUGUGCGAAGAAUAAGUGCCUGGUUUUGGGAGCUGGACCCUGUGGGCUGAGGACGGCCAUAGAGCUGUCUCUACUUGGAGCUCAGGUUGUGGUGAUCGAAAAGAGAGAAACUUUCUCCAGAAACAACGUCCUCCAUCUUUGGCCCUACACGAUCAUCGACCUGCGCAAUUUAUGUGCCAAAAAGUUCUACGGGAAAUUCUGUACUGGAGCUCUGGACCACGUCAGCAUCCGUCAGCUGCAGCUCAUCCUGCUGAAAGUGGCUCUGCUCCUGGGGGUGGAGGUGCACAGUGGGGUGGAGUACCAGGGUCUGGUGGAGCCCACGGGAGAAAACGGUUGGAUGGCCCAGAUAAAGCCUGCGUCUCAUCCCGUCUCCUCGUACCAGUUCGACGUGUUCAUCUCUGCAGCAGGAGGCAGCUUACGCCCUGAAGGAUUUAAGAGUAAGGAGCUGAGAGGGAAACUGGCCAUCGGGAUCACAGCUAACUUUGUGAACAGACACACAGCUGCAGAGGCUCAGGUGGCAGAGAUCAGCGGAGUCGCACGCAUCUACAACCAGAAGUUCUUCCAAGACCUGCACACACAAACUGGUAUUGAUUUGGAGAACAUCGUGUACUACAAAGACGACACGCACUACUUUGUGAUGACGGCCAAGAAGAAGAGUCUGCUGAAGAAGGGGGUCAUUAAACAGGACUGUGCCGAUGCAGAGGACCUCCUGGCUCGGUCGAACGUGGACUAUGAUGCUCUGUGUCGGUACGCUCACGAUGCCGCUGACUUCUCCACCGGAGGAAAGCUGCCCGAUCUGGAGUUCGCUCAGAAUCACCAAGGGAAGAAGGACGUGGCCAUGUUUGACUUCACCUGUAUGCACCGAGCAGAGAACGCCUCUAUGGUGAGGGAGAGGAAGGGCAAGAAGCUGCUCAUCGCUCUGGUUGGGGACUGUCUCAUGGAGCCUUUCUGGCCUCUGGGGACGGGGAUCGCUCGUGGCUUCCUGGCUGCGUUUGACACGGCCUGGAUGGUGAGGAGCUGGGGCCUGGGGACUCCUCACCUCAAGAUCCUGGCUGAGAGGGAAAGUGUGUACCAGCUCCUGUCUCAGACCACGCCAGAAAACACCAGUAAAAACUACGCCACCUACAGCAUCAACCCGAAAACGCGAUACCAAAGAGUCAACCUGACCAUCCAGGCUCACCAGGUUCAGAACCUCUACGACACGGACAAAGGCGGCUCUUUGAACAAUAAAGUGAAAAACAAACACAAUCCUAUGAGACAAGAUUCUAUGAGUGGUUUUGAGGAGCUGCUGAGGUGGUGUCAGAAACACACUGCAGGUUAUAAGAACGUUCAUGUCACAGACUUCACUGAGUCCUGGAGGUCUGGUCUGGCCCUGUGUGCACUCAUCCACCAUUUUAGACCCAAGCUCAUAGACAUGUCCAGCCUGAGUGAGUCAGAGCCCGUCUUAAACCACCAUUUGGCCUUCAGCCUCUUGGAGAAGGAGCUGGGCGUCCCUCGGGUCAUGUCCCCAGAAGACUUCACCAGCAGAGCGCAGGUCGACAAACUCUCCAUGGUCCUGUAUCUGACCCAGGUGCAGAAGGCCUUCACAGUGCCCCCUAAAGCUGCAGAUCCUGUGGCCUUACAUCCCUCUCCUAAGCUCCUCACGCUCUCACAAACGCAGUCAGCGGUUUUCUUCCUGAGCAAACUGAAACACAACUCACUACAGCGACAAAAGGAAAAGUUGGCAUCUCAGAAAAAGUCCACUCUGAGAGACAAAAAGAUGGGGGAUGAGGUAAAAGUGAUGUCUGGACCUACGGAGCCCCUGCCUGACCCUGAGCCCUCCCCAGCCUCGCCCUCUCUCCCUGGGCCUGUCCCCAAGUCCAUCCCUGCCUCUCCUCCUGGACUUCCCCUGGACCCUGGCUCUCCUGUGGACUCUGGCUCUCUAGCGCCCUCUGGGGAGUGUUAUUUCUGUGGGCAGAGAGUGUACGUUCUGGAGAGGAUCAGUGCCGAGGGCCUGUUCUUCCAUCGCAGCUGCUUUAAGUGCAAUCAAUGUGGGAUCACUCUGAGGCUGGGAGGGUACACCUACGACCAGGCCACAGGGAGGUUUUCCUGUGAGCUGCAUUCUGAAGACCUGGUGACCUCUGCACUAACGCCGUGUCCGGUCAUCAACGAGCACAAAGACCCGAAAACUGAGGAAAACCAUCUCUCCAGUGACUCCACUCCCUCUCCUUCGGACGAGGAGUACGAGCACACGCUGGACUGUGGCCCUUCGCGACAAUCGCUCAAAGAUCCGGAAAUACUCAAAACUGACGAUUUAACCGAACCAACACCAAUAUUUCGAAACCUCUCGCUCAAAAUCAACACAGCUGGACACGUCGAAAGGGAGACGGCUUUUCCUGUCCCAAAACCACGAUUAUCUAAACAGAACCCUCAAACGCCUGUGGCUAGACCGAGGACAAUUCACUUUUGUGGUAGUAGUGGUAACAGUGAUCCAUCGUCACCUGCCAAAGACGCUAAACAAUCUUUGAAAAAACUCCAGUUAACAGACGAGGAGAAGAGCCAGCUGGUCAACCUACAAAACUUUUUCAGUGCCGAUUCAGAUUCAGAAACUCCAUGUGGGUCGUCGUCGUGCUCGUCGUCAUCGGCAACGGUAACGAAAUCGCAAGAGGAGGAGGGGUACUGGAGCGGGAGUACAGCGAGUAACUUUAGAGAGAAGAGGAACAGGCGUUGUUUUAAAAGGAAAGAGAUCCCAGGAGGACAGGCCAAAUCCAGGUCCAAGUUUUCACCAUGGAAUUUGUCGUCUCCGAGAAUCAGUCGUGAUGGGAAGCUCAGUGUCCUCAGUCAUCCCGGGACUGUGGAGACCACGUUUAGACACACCCACUGCGCCUCUGAGAAUGACGCUGAUGACGACGAAGACGAAGAUGAGAUGUACCAGCGUGACGACCUCGACCUCUUCAAUGAGAAAUUUCAGUGUUUGCCCUCAGACCCUGUGGAGGCUCAGAAGCUAGAGCUGAUGAAGAUGAGGACUCUGGAGCGAAGAGCCAAAAUGAGCGAACUACAACGACUGAGAAAGGCCCAGUCGAUCCAGAGGAGACUGGAGGAAAUCGAAGUUACAUAUAAAGAUCUGGAAGAAAAAGGCGUUGAGCUCGAGAGGACUCUGCGUCGGGAAGAUGACAGUUCUUCAGACACGAUAGAGCACUGGAUCCAGUUGGUGCAUGAGAAGAACGCACUGGUGUCAGAGGAGUCUGAACUCAUGGUGGCGUCUCGUCAGCUGGAGCUGGAGGACAAACAGAGCAUGUUAGAAUUGGAGCUGCGCAAAUACUUUGAGAUCACAGACAAGAGCCCGGAGCAGGCAGCGGAGGAGGAGCGUAUCCUGCAGCAGAUGUUGGAGGUGGUGGACAUGAGGGACUCUCUGGUGUCUUUCUUGGAGGAGAAGAGACUGAAGGAGCUGAGCGAGGAGCAGGAAGCCUUCACCAUCAUGGAGGCAAAACGCCACUCCAAAAUCAGUGCUCAAGUCAACUGGGAAUAAAAUCGACAGAACCAUUCACGUAUAAGAACAUAUUUUCUUUAAAGUUCUUUGGACAUUUCUGUGUGCCAGUGGAUUUCAAACUUCUAAUACUAAAUAUGCUCUAAAUAUUAUUAAAAAAAAUAAAAAAAUUAACUUAUCAGGACUAGACCAAGACUAUCACAUAACUAACUAAAACCAGAAAACUCUUUGAAAGCUCUAAGCAUAUAUAUGACUAGUAUAAGUAAAACUGUGUAAUUAUAAUUAGAUCGGAUUGAAAAAAAACACUGGGAACAACUCAUUUAAAUGAAACUAGGACAAACAACGAUAGAACUACUCAAAACCUGUGCUCAAGUCAACUGGGACUAAGAAGUACACCCAUCUCAACAGGCCUCUGAGCUGCAUUUCAACGCUCCUGUUAACGCCAAAGAUGAAACUGAAUGUGACUAAUAUAUCACGGAAAAUAAAAAAUAAUGCUUAAAGUCAGCCUCUAGAUGGCGACAGAAACUUGGUUGAGAAGAUUACGCAGGAGAAUUGUUUUUUUUCUGUUGUGGAGGUAGCAACAAUAGUCCAUAUGUCUCCUGUUUUAUAAUGAACAAGGUUGACUACUAUGGGACUGCAGUCUCUUCUUUUGGGGAAAAAGUGUUUGAAUUCAGCCUCUAGGGGGCGACAUAAACAUGGAGAACACUAGUAGCAACAACGGAGCAAAAAAUAUCUCCAGUUUUACAAUGGAUCACUGGGGACGACUGUGGGAUUGGGGUCUUCAAUCCAGACUUGGAAAAUAUGAAAACAAGUUUGCAUCCGUCCUCUAGGGGGCGCUACAAACUUGGAGAAGAUGACAUAGCUUUUUUCUAUUGUGGAAAACUGGGAUAGUCUACCUUCUAUGUGAUUGUUAUGGGAUUGCAGUGUUCUGUCCAGACUUGAAAAUAUAAACCAUUAAUUCAAUUUAUCCUCCAGGGGGCGACAAAAACUUGAAGAUUUCACAUUGGACAAAGACCUUUUCUAUUUUAGAGGUAGCUACAGCAGAGGCAAUAUAUCCACAGCUUUACAGUGGAUCAAAAGUGACAACUACAGGAUUGCAGCCUUCAGUCCUGACUUGAAAAAACAUGAAAACAAGUUUGAAUCCAACCUCUAGGAGGCGCUACAAACCUGGAGAACAUUAUGCUUUGGAAAAUAGCCUUUUUCUAUUGUGGAGGUAGCUACAGCGGAACUAAUACAGCGGAGCUUUAUAAUGGAAAACUGGGACAACUACGGGAUUGCAGUUGUCUUAUUGUGGGAAAAACUGUUUGAAUCCAGCCUCUAGGGGGUGCUACAAACCUGGAGAAGACACCUUGGGGAAUAGUGUUUUCUAUUGUAUUGUAUUGUACAGCAGAGCCAAUAAGUCUGCAGCUUUAUAUGGGACAAUAUGGAAUAUGACAGGACUGCAGUCUCCAGUCCAGACUUGAAAAACAUGAAAAUAAGUUUGAAUUCAGCCUCUAGGGGGCGCAGCAACCUGAUAAAAGCUUGAUAAUUGCAGAUUUAGACUUUGCUUGUUUAAAAGAUGAAGUUGAAGAGAAUGUUUUUAAGACAGAAACUUGGAAAAUGGAUGAAUUGUUUCACUGUGGUCAAUUUAAACAUUUCAUUAGAGCCUGAUAUUGGUUCACUUUGCUUUUGUUUACUUGUGCCUAUUCAAAUGAAGUGUUACUCAUUAAUACAGAAAACUAUGGUGGUCACUCCAGACUAAAUUACUCCCAACAAAUAAAAAGAUUGUUUUUGCUUGUUUAAAGUUUAAUAUGGCUUACAGAUAUAUUGUCCAAACAAAUUUAUCAGCCAAUAUAUGCACUUAAAAAAAAGCUCUACACAAUAUUGUAAAAUACUGUUGUUAAAGUAUUGUGCUAUCGAUAUUAUUGCACUGUUUUUAUGUAUUUUUGACCCAAUAAUUUCAAUUAUAGUGAAACAAAAAGUACAUGCUGAUGUUUACCAGGGAAACAGACUAAAACCAGGCUAAUUUUGUUCUUAGGAAAAUCAUUCAUAAAAAUCUGCCUUAUAGUAUUUUGAUUAGGGCUGAAAGUUACAUAUCUGUCUUUGAAGUAUUGGGAAUGUGCACUCUUACAAAUGUAUACUAGUGUAUUUUAAACUUCUACCACUAAAUAUUAUAUAAAUAUUUGAACUUCCGAGUACCACCAAUUAUAGACAAAAGACUAGUACGAACUUGUUGGGAGGAGUAUUCUGUAGUGACACCAUAGACUCCUAAUGUGGGAACGCUGUUUAAAUUUAUAUGUUCAAAAUUUAUGUUGGAAAAAAUGUGUUUUAGAAAUAAGAGAGGGAAUUAAUUUAAAAAGAUGUGUUAUUAUGAAAGAUGUUAUUAUAAGAUCCCAUAUUUUGCAUUAUAGAUAUUUGAACUACUUUUGGUUCUCACAUAGUUGGACUUCUGGAUUACCACUGAAGAUGGACUAAAAGGGUCUGGUCUGAAGAUGUUGAAACACAGAGAAACGACUGUGUGAUGAUUAUGGGUCGUUGUUUCCACAUGGUUUUCAUCUAACUUUGUCCCGGGUAUGAGUUACUUCCUUGUGGUUCUCGUCCAAAAAAAUGCCUGGAAAAUAUAUAGUCAAUAUUCAGUCUGAUUUUGAAGGCGCGUCUAUGUAACUUGUCUGGUGGGUCUGCCUCCCGCUCGUCUCCAUGGAGAUGUUAUUGCUUUUGCCUGGAAUGUUCAACAGUGUGGCAUUAAACUCACCCAUGUCCACAUAGACAAGCAGGUGACAUUACCAGGCCGAAUUAUUGGUUAGAUCUGUGGAGAAGCAACUCUGCUGAAAGAAAGAAUGCUUUUUUUUUUUUAAUGGGAUACCUGCACUUGAAGAGAUGCAAAAUAGAUGAGGUUAAUGCCAUACUGUGGAACAUUAUUAGCAAAUCAACAACAUGAGGCAAUGAGACAAGCAAGUGGCAGACAGUCCACUAGGAAAGUUGCGUAGUGCAUCUGUAAUUUCACAAAUGUCUUCAUCUCCAAAGCUCAAAAUGCUCUGUUCCACCUUGUGAUGUCGUGUUGUGGUACUUUUCAAGUUAACAGCUACUUUUACCUUUUGUUCAGUACAGAUUACCAAUUCCAGGGCUGAAAUCAUCCAAAUGAUUCUAGUGAAGCUGCAUAGAGUUUAAAAACACAGUGGAGCACUUCCUCGAUUACUACAUGACAUCACAAAGUGGAACAGAGUGUUUUCUGUUUGAGAAGAACUCGGCCUAAAUCUGCAGGUUUGUGUGUUAAACAUGUGAAUGAAACAAAACACAACUCCAGGUCUGUUUGUGAUGAGGAAACAACAUUAUAACAUAGAUCAGAACAGCAUAAUAUCGACCCUUUAAACAUGCCAGAUUCUUCACAACAUGGGGAAGAAACAUUUUGCAUAGUAUGGGAUCUGAUGUAUAGUUUUUGUAUGACUUGAUGAACGCUUUGAACCCUUGUAAGUCUCAGGGCUGACACAGACGAUGGGUGAAUGAAAAAGAGUAUUCUAUUUAUAAUGCCAACAUGUUUUGUUUUUUUUGUUUUUUUUUGCAAUGGUUCUUUUUCAGAGCAGCCAAAAACGUGACGCUUUGUAAUACCCACUGUUCCAAAAUCACUCCAUGGAUUUAAAUAAACGUACUGCACUUUGUUUGGAGUUU